GGGCCGGCGCAUGCGCGUCGCCCCCCCUCGGCCGCGGGGAGGGGGAUGCGGACGGGGGAAGAUGGCGGCCUCGAACAACCCGCGGAAAUUCAGCGAGAAGAUCGCGCUGCACAACCAGAAGCAGGCGGAGGAGACGGCGGCCUUCGAGGAGGUCAUGAAGGACCUGAGCCUGACCCGCGCGCACCGGCUACAGCUGCAGAAAACCCAAUAUUUGCAACUGGGGCAGAGCCGUGGCCAGUACUACGGGGGGUCAUUGCCAAAUGUGAACCAGAUUGGGAACAGUGCCAUGGAUCUCCCCUUCCAGCACAACGGAGCUCUGGCUGAAGCCUUUGGAGCAGUUCCUGUCUCUUUGACCCCGUUCCAGUCGUCGGCGCUGGACACGAGCAGGACCACGCGGCACCACGGGCUGGUGGACAGAGUGUACCGGGACCGGAACCGCCUGGGCUCGCCCCACCGCCGCCCGCUCUCCGUGGACAAGCACGGCCGGCAGGUGGACAGCUGCCCCUAUGGCACCGUGUACCUGUCACCGCCGUCGGACACGAGCUGGAGGAGGACAAAUUCUGAUUCUGCCUUGCACCAGAGCACCAUGACUCCAGCUCAGCAGGAAUCCUUUUCAGGAGGGUCACAGGACAUGCAGCAGAAAAGAGUUUUAUUGCUGACUGUGCCUGGAAUGGAAGAAAGCUCUGAUGCAGACAAAGCCCUCUCUAAGCAAGGCUGGGACACUAAAAAGACUGGGUCAUCGAGACCCAAAUCCUGCGAGGUUCCAGGAAUCAACAUCUUCCCGUCGGCCGAGCAGGAGAACGCCGCGGCGCUGAUCCCGGGCACGCACAACACGGGCGGCUCGCUGCCCGACCUCAGCAACAUCCACUUCCCCUCGCCCCUGCCCACGCCCCUGGACCCCGAGGAAUCCGCCUUCCCUGCCCUGAGCAGCUCCAGCAGCGCCGGGAACCUCGCUGCCAACCUGACCCACCUGGGCAUCAGCUCUGCCAGCCAGGCAGGAAUGACGACGACGCCGGCCCCGUCCCAGCACCGCCAGCCCAGCGUCAGCCCCCUGUCCUUGGGCGCGGACUCGCGGCGACCUCAGUCCCAGCAAAUGUCCCCCACGCUGUCCCCGCUGUCACCCAUCACUCAGGCCGUGGCUAUGGAUGCAUUGUCCCUGGAGCAGCAGCUCCCCCCGUACCCCUUUUUCACCCAGACCAGCUCCCAGCAGCAGCAGCAGCCAGCAGUGGCCAGUUCCCUGCCCCAGACCCCCCCUCUGCUGCAGAGCUCGGGGCUGCAGAGGGGCCCCCAGCUGCCCCCUCUGUCUGUCACGGUACCUUCCACCAUCCCCCAGUCACCCCCAGGGAGCCAGAGCCAGCCCUCCAUGGGAAUUGACAUCAACUCGGCCUCACUCCAGCAGUACCGCAGUAAUGCUGGCUCCCCAGCCAACCAGUCUCCCACCUCUCCUGUCUCCAAUCAAGGCUUCUCUCCUGGCAGCUCCCCUCAACAUUCUUCCAUGCUGGGCAGUGGUUUUGGGGACUCCUAUUAUGAGCAGCAGAUGACAGCUAGGCAGGCUAAUGCCCUCUCCCACCAGCUGGAGCAGUUCAACAUGAUCGAGAACGCCAUCAGCUCCAACAGCCUCUACAGCCCCUGCUCCACCCUCAACUACUCGCAGGCUGCCAUGAUGGGACUGACGGGCAGCCACGGCAGCCUGCAGGACUCGCAGCAGCUCAACUACUCCAGCCACAGCAACAUCCCCAACAUCAUCCUGACAGUGACAGGAGUCCCCCCCAGCUUAUCAAAAGAACUGACCAGCUCCUUGGCAGGAGUGGGGGACGUCAGCUUCGACACGGAUUCCCAGUUCCCCCUGGAUGAACUCAAAAUUGACCCUUUGACCCUGGAUGGACUGCACAUGCUCAACGACCCCGACAUGGUCCUCACCGACCCCGCCACAGAGGACACGUUCCGCAUGGACCGGCUGUGAGCCGCCGGCACCUCCCGCAGGAUCCGGCCCGGGGGCUCCAUCCCGUCCAUCCCAGAGGGUCCAUCCCGUCCCGGAGGGUCCGUCCCGUCCCGGAGGGAGCAGCUGCUCCGUGUCCCCUGUACAAUGAGUAACCACAGCUUGUUGUUCUGAGCUUGCCGCGCUGCCGAGCCCCCGUCCCCGUGGCGCCCAGCCACGCCGCCCCCGAGCCGCUGUUGCCGUCCAGCAGUGAGGAGUCGUCCGGUUUUCCCCGGUUUUCCAUCGGCCUUUUCCUCCCCAGAGCCCCCCCCUUUCCCCCAGCAGAGCUCCGGCGGGGCCCCCCGGCACCAGAGAGGGGCUCGGGGCAGCCGGGCAGGGCCAGGAGGGGCUGGCAGAGCCCCGGGGUGCGGGGCUGGGGGGGGCCGUGCCCCCUGCUCCCCUUCCUUGGGAAGCAAAUCCCAGCAUCGCCGCCUUCCCCGCGGCUGCCACUCUGCUCUGUGGCACUGCCACUCUGCUCUGUGGCACUGCCACCCCGCUCUGUGGCACUGCCACCCUGCUCUGUGGCACUGCCACUCUGCUCUGUGGCACUGCCACCCUGCUCUGUGGCACUGCCACUCCGCUCUGUGGCACUGCCACCCCGCUCUGUGGCACUGCCACUCUGCUCUGUGGCACUGCCACCCCGCUCUGUGGCACUGCCACCCCGCUCUGUGGCACUGCCACUCUGCUCUGUGGCACUGCCACCCCGCUCUGUGGCACUGCCACUCUGCUCUGUGGCACUGCCACCCCGCUCUGUGGCACUGCCACUCCGCUCUGUGGCACUGCCACCCCGCUCUGUGGCACUGCCACUCUGCUCUGUGGCACUGCCACCCCGCUCUGUGGCACUGCCACUCUGCUCUGUGGCACUGCCACCCUGCUCUGUGGCACUGCCACUCUGCUCUGUGGCACUGCCACCCCUCCAGUGCCCUGCUCGUCCCCAGGUGUGUCCCCACCCUCUCGUCCCGGCCAUCCCGGCAAAGCGGAGCCGCCAGUCCCAAAAAUCCACUUCUAACACUAUUUUUUUUUUUUUUUUUUGUUUUCCCCCCGAGCUUUUUAUGGUUUUUGUUUUGUUCCGUUUUUUUAAAUAUAUAUGUAAUAUAUAUCUAUUUCUAUAUAUGGCUACAUAUAUAGAGAGCAUUUCUGAGCACACAUGAAAGUUCUAUAAUUCAUUACUUGAUUAGACAGAGGAUCAGAACAUCUUAAAGCAGCUAAAAAGAAAUAGAGACUAACCUGCAUAAUCCUAAUUUUUACUUUGUGAGAGAUUCCUGGGCAACAGGAAGGGCAUUUCCAUAGCAAUGCCAGGCUCGUAGCAUCAUGAUUUUUUAAUUUUUUAUUCUUAUUCAUUACUUAUUCUGUUACUUAUUUAUGAUUUUUUUUUUCAGUCGUUGUUGUUGUAAGUUCUUUUUUUUUUUUUUUUAUUUAAAUAUUUGGAUAUUAGGAAAGUAGCUCAACUACAUACAGCCAAUGGAAGCACUCUACAUAAUAUUUGUACAGUACUUUUUUUUUUUUUUUGUGGUUUUAUUCCAGAAAUAUAUUAUAUAUAUUAUAUAUGUAGGUAUUUUUAAACUAACUGGAAUUUUAAACAGAUGGAAUAAGCAGGAAAAAGGAAGCCUAAGGCAAGUUUAGAUAUUUUCCUUUGGAAUAGGCAAAAUAGGGUGGUUGGAACUUAAAAAUUCCUUCAUUCACCCGAGGGAAAAAAAAUCUCUUGCUCCACAAUGACCAGGAUUGAAUCCUCCAAAAUUCUAUUUCAUUAAAUGGAAAAUUGAUUAUUUCCGAUGGUCCUUGUGAAUAUUUUGUGCUGAAAAUGUAACAAAAAAAAAAAAAAAAAAAAAAAAAAAAAAAAAAAAAAAAAAUUCCAUCCAGAUUCCUCAGACUGGGAAUUGGGGGCUUCGCUCUGGCUGGCUGGAAGGUGAUUCCCACAUUUGUGGGAUGAAUGAAUUUAAAGGGCACUGCUGGAACAUCCUCAUUCCACUGGGAUCUGCAUGGGGAAAGGCAGGAAUUCAUCAGGAAUGAACAGGAUUUGGAGUCAUUAACUAAUUAACUAAUUAACUCACCCCGAGGGCGAGCUGCUCCUGGAGAGGGAGGCGCCUCCAGCCUGGGCUGGGAGCAGGAUUUUAGGGAUUCCAUUCCCUAAAAUCCCAUCCCAGUUCCCACCAGCUGGGGUUUGUUCAGCCCUUCCCACCCCUCCUGCCCCACCUGGAUUUUCCUUCUGCCUCCAGCCCAAGGAAAUCCCAAUCCUGGCACUCCCAAUCCCAAAGCUUCUCCUCUUUGGGAACAACCCUGGGCUGCUCUUAAUGAGUUCCCCCGCAAUUAAUGAGAGUCCCCCCUGCAAUUAACGACUUCUCACGGCUCUCCUGAGUUCUCCUAAUGAGUUAUACCAAGUUUCUGUGUGCUUCCAGAAAUCCCUGGGCUGGGAUUCCUGCCUGCUCUGCUGAGCAGGAGCAGCGUCGGGAUCUCCCCAGCCCCAGGGCAUCCCCUCACCUCCUGUGCCAUUUGUUGACCAUUUGCACUAAAAAAGAGGAAUUUUUUCUUGGCUUCCCUGUGUCUUUUGGUUUUCUUUGUUCUUUCUUUCUUUUUUUUUUUUGUUUGUUUUAAUUUUAUCCUCUUCCGUGCCCUCCCGAGGUUUCCCCACAUCUCUUGGGAACGUUUUGGGAUUUUUUUGGCAGGGUUUGAGCUCGGUAGGACAGGAUCACUCCUGGUGCCUGCUUGUUUCAGACCCCUCGUGCUUUUUCAGUGAAGGGAGGAGAUAAAAGGCAGCUCAAAGAGGAGGAAACCUGGAAAAAAAACAGGAGGGAUUUGGGCCCAGCUGCCUCGGAGCCCUUGGCUGAAGGUGCAGUGAGAGCUUUGUGCAGCUCCCGCCGCUCCGUGUGGGAAUUCCUGCUGGAAUGGCUCCCGUGCCUGUGCAGUCCUUGUCUGUGCUGUGUUUUCCACUCCAGAGGGAGCAGCCAGCAGGAGCUUCCUCACGGGAGCCUCGGGCAGGGAGCUGCGGCUCCUUCCCGGAUUUUUAACUCCCUGUGUAAAUAAGAGCUCUUUGUUUCUUAAGACUUGUAAGUAGACCUUGAAAAUCGCCUUAAUUUCAAACUGACACACCUUGGAUGCAACUGUCACAGUUAGGGACCCUCCAGCUGGGAGAAAUCCGGGUGUGAUCCCUCGGGAGAGGGAAGGAGCUGGGAUGUGUGACAGGAUGGGCUCCAGCUGUGGCCGGGGAGAAGCUGCUUCUCAUCCCGGCCCUGUGAGAUCCAGGGAUUCCAGCAGCUCCUGCCUUUCCCUUCCCCCAGGGGAACCUUUCAUGUGGGAGCUGCCCCAGAGGAUUCCCCCGUCCUCACUCCUUCAAAUUCCAGUUUUUGUGGCGUCAGGCUGAUCUGGAAGCAAACCCAGAGAAAAGCGUGGAGCGGAUCCCAAACGUUCCCAGAACAAAUAAUCUGCUUUUAUUUCAAAUGUAACAACCCCCUGCUCAUUCCGGUGUGUGGGGCUCCCUCCCCAGGGGUGGGAGCAGAAAGGGAAAACCAUCACUUAGCAAAGAAAAAAAAAAACAACAAAGCAAGGAGAAAAUGGUGUGAAUUGCUAUUUUGAGAAGUUUGAGUUCAGUGGUGGUGAAGCUGUCUGGUGUCUCCAGGGGUGACCGUCCCACCCUCCCUCCGUGUUUUUCUAUCUCCACAAGGAAUUAACCCCGAAUUCCCGAGCUAGACUGUUGCAUUUGCCAAUACAAUGGGGAAGAACAGGAAUAAACCCUCGGUGCACCCAAAACUGUGACUUUUUUCCAGCAGCCAGCCCAGCCCUGGCGCUGUGGGGGCUGGGGGAGGCUCCUUUCCCUGUACAUAGAUUCCCCCUCUGGGCAUGCGUGACCGGCCCGGCUCCCACGGCUUCUGCAUGGCAGGGAGCGCUUGCCAGCCCCCCCUGUGCCCCCACACACAGCCCGGGCUGGGCUCUGCCCCACCCCGGGCUGGUUUUCCAUUUUCCAGAGGGGAAAACCUUUCCAGAACGGGCCUCGGGGGCCUCGGGAGCCUCGCGGCCUCCGUGGAGGUUUCGUGGAUUAUUUGGUGAAUUCGUUUUUAGGAGCGCUCGUGGGUGAACCUUCAGCUCAGAGGGAGGUUGGGUUUGAUGGUCCUGGAGGUCUUUCCCAACCUUGAUUCCAGGAUUCUUCUCCAACCUUAAUUUGGUUUUUCUUCUCCCACCUUGAUUCGGUCGUUCUUUUCCAACCCUAAUUCGGUGAUUCUUUUCCAAACUUGAUUCAGGUUCUUUUCCAAACUUGAUUCAGGUUCUUUUCCAAACUUGAUUCAGGUUCUUUUCCAAACUUGAUUCAGGUUCUUUUCCAAACUUGAUUCAGGUUCUUUUCCAAACUUGAUUCAGGUUCUUUUCCAGCCUCAAUUCAGUGAUUCUUUUCCAACCCUGAUUCAGUGGCUCUUUCCCAACCUCAAUUCCAUGAUUCCAAGAGCAAAAGCUGCCCUGAGUUUAUCUAAAAGCAGUUUACCUAAAUUUCCCUCAAAAAUGAGCCCUUGGACCUAAAACCUUGAAUUUCUGCCAAAACAACAGUUAAGGCUUGAGCUGAGCCCUUAAGGAAAGACCCUGGAAACCCCCUCUGGACAGGAAGGAAGCAGGAAGGCCCCUCCUCCCCCUGCAGACCCCGACCUUGGCUGUUUUUUUUCGGGAGAAACCCCAAAACCAGCGCGUUUAUUCCUCGGAGCAACGGCCCCCCCGUCACUGUGAUGGCAAUGUGAAAGCGCAGGUAGCCUUUGUUACGUGUGUCUGUCCUUUUUAAAAAACAACCAGGAAAAAGAAAAAAAACCCCCAAAAAAAAAAAAAACCUCCCUCCCCUCUUAGAAUUAAACUUUGUAGUGUUCCUGUUCUUUGUAUUUUGAGUUGCAUCUUAUUUAUACGGCGCAGUGUAGGCAUGGAUUGCAUGUCGGUUUUCUAUGCGGGCACCACGACAUUCUGACUGUGUAUUAUAAAUCAUUUUUACCUUUUUAAACAGGGAAAAAAAAAAACAACAACAAAACAAACAAAAAAAAAAAAAAACCACCAACAACAACAACACAACAGAAUCAUUGUGUGGAAUUUCUAUACUGCAAAGCCAAACACUACAUGGAGUCCUCUCUUGGUUUGUGUUAUUUAUUUUCCGAGGCGGUUGGGGCGGGCGGGGGGCGGGCGGAGCCGUGUGUGCGUUGCCUUAUGUGGGCUUGACCAAUUUUAUCAAAAUAAAGGCCUGAAGGGGUAAAAUCCGCUGGCUCUUGUCUUCAGGGGGUGGAGGGGUGGGAUGGGAAAAGCGUGGAAAAAAGGGAGAGAAUCCCGUGGAAAAAAGGGAGAGAAUUCCGUAGAAAAAAGGGAGAGAAUUCUGUGCAAAAAAGGGAGAGACUCCCCUGGAAAAAAAGGGAGAGAAUUCCAUAGAAAGAGAGAAUCCCAUGGAAAAAAAAAGGAGAGAAUCCCAUGCACAAAAGGGAGAGAAUUCUGUGCAAAAAAGGGAGAGAAUCCCAUGGGAAAAAAAGAGAAUUCCAUGCGAAAAAGGGAGAGAAUUCCAUAGAAAAAAGGGAGAGACUCCCCUGGAAAAAAAGGGAGAGAAUUCCGUAGAAAGGAGAGAAUCCCAUGGAAAAAAGGGGAGAAUCCCAUGGAAAAAAAGGGAGAGAAUUCCAUGCAAAGAAGGGAGAGAAUCCCGUGGAAAAAAUGGAGAGAAUUCUGUGGAAAAAAGGGAGAGAAUUCCGUAGAAAGGAGAGAAUCCCAUGGAAAAAAGGGAGAGAAUCCCAUGGAAAAAAAGGGGGAGAAUCCCAAAGGCAGCUGGGCCAUGUGGGAAUUGCUCCUGGGAGUGAAGAGCAGGGGGUUGAGUUUGAAUUGUAGAAUUCCAGCCCUGGAAUCCUGGACUAUCCCCAGUUGGAAGGGACCCACAGGGAUCCCAUGAUCCCGGAACAGUUGGGGUUGGAAGGGCCCUCUGGAGACCCAGAGCAGGGACACAGGAGCGUGUCCAGGUGGGUUUGGGAUGUCCCCAGGUGGGUUUGGGAUGUCCCCAGACCCGGCCUGGAGCUGUUCCAGGCUUUGCCGCCUCCAUGGGAAGUUCUCCCCCUGUGGAGGUGGAACUGGGAGCGUUGUCGGGACACUCCGGAGCCGUGGUGGCCUUGGGGACAGGGACAGGGACAGGGCAGGAACAGGGACAGGGACAGGGCGGGGACAGGGACAGGAACAGGGACAGGGCAGGGCCAGGCAGCUCUGAGGGCCCGGCUGUGCUGGUGGCUUUGGGUCAGACCUAAAACUGUUGGGUUUUGAUGUCCUUUGGGUCAAGUUUCUGGUGUUUUCCAUCAUUUCCUGUGCUGGUGAGUUGGGAUGGAGCUGACCUUGGAGCUGGGGUUGGCCACGGGAUGGUUCUGUCUUGGGGUCCUUGAUUUUCCCACCCAGUGUCCCAACCCCUGAGGGGACAAGGGACACACCCAGGCCAGUCCACGCUGGUGUCACCUCCUGGUCCACGUGAGCCACUGGAGAAUCCUCCAGUCCCUAAUCCCAGACAGAGCUGGGAUUGCUCAGUGCUCGACCAUCCCCAGGGAUUCCUCAAUCCUGCUUUUCUCCACUGUGGAUUAGGAGGAAAAAAGGGAUGAGAAGUCUCCAUUCUAAACCUAAAAAUGGUUUCUGUCACUGGAGUUAGGGGAGUUGUAAAAUUCCUGAAGGAAAAACCAACAGGCUUGAACUUGCUUGUAGAAAUUGAGUUCAAUUAUGACAUAAAAAGGGAAUUUUUGGAAUUCAGCCGGCAGGAAAAGCCCUUCCCAAAUAUCCUGCCUUCUGGCUGAUGCCACCUUUGAAAGGAAAAGGUUCAGUUUGGCUCACAUUGGGGAUUUUUAAGGUAUUAAAUGAGGAGAUAGAAGUGAUGUUUCCAUCCUUGCAGGAAUAUUGAAGUUCUGUGAUAUUUGUGGGGUGAAUUUUGGGGGGUUUGAGGCUCAUUAAACCAAACCUUGCUGGAUCCUGAAUAUUCCUGGCAGGAGGGGCCAGGGUGGGGCAGCAUCCCCUGGACAUUCCCAGCCCUGGGCACCUGAAAAACCCUGAUAAAACAAACAAAAAAAAAAAAAAAAAAGUGGAAAACUGAUGUUGGCUUUAAGUGUUUGCAACCAGACCCGAUGUGAAAACGCAGCUCAGCUCCGUGUACAUCCUCUCCCACCUUGAUUUUUUUUGUGUGAAGGCUUCUCUGUCUUUGUAUCUUUGCAUUCUUUGUAAAGGAAAUGGAAUAAAAGUUCAAAUGUUUUUGCCUCUGGCU